AUGUUCGCCGGCGCCUCUUCGACCCUCAGUCUGCGCAAUCGGGUCAGUUCAUUUCUUACGGUACUAACAGUUUCCAGUUUGCUAGUGCUCAUUUGCAUUGCGUUGCACAAGCGCGACAUAAAAGCCGCGUUUUGUGCUUGAAAGAGGAACAGGCGGAAUUUUUAAUCAGAGUCGCGAGCGAAUUUUGACGAGCGCCCAGACAGCAAGCAAGUCGUUUUCGUUUUUGUCGUCGACCCACCACAAAAAAAGAAUAAAAACGCAGCAGAAGAAGGAGAAGAAGACGGGAAAGGAAGAGAAGAAGAAGAAGAAGAAGAAGAAGAAUGAGGAGGAGACGGCUGCAUGUCCGCUUCUUCGUUUGCUCUCACUUUCAAUGCCUUUUUUUGGUUAUUCUAUUCGGGUUUGGUUUCCAUCCCCGUUUCUCACCCCCAGGAACAACUUCCGCCUGGGGUCCCGUAACAAACCGAACACGAAGGGAUACGGUACUAAAGGCGCAACACCCUUUUCCCUGUUCUCGGAAUUUUGAAGGCAGCAGGUGAAAAUAGAGAUAUUUUAGGAAAGGGAAGAAUUCCCACGCAUUCCAUUCAAUUUUACGAGAAUUCACGGUGAACAUUUGUGAACGUGCUCAGGCCCGUCUUUACCCCUUUAGCACGCAUGGUUUGAAUGAAUUACUUGUACGAUGAUCACAAAUGUUCGCCGUGGAAUUAUUGUUUUUUUUUAACAUGAACUCUCUUACUUAAAAUAGUUAUUUUCUUGUCUGUUUUCACGUAAAACACAGUGUAGCGUUGCAUGUUUUCAUGUGAGCCUAAAUUCGCUCUUUACAGUUUUACAGCGGCUGAAAUUUGGAUUUCCGUCAUGGCCAAAUCGCAAUUUUUGGAAAUUUUAUUACAGCGCGUUUGCAUUUACGAUAGUGACACCGCUCGAAAUGUUCGGUUCGAAAUUCGAAUAAGCGCAACAAUAGUAAAGAUAGGUCAAUGAAGCGAACAAUUUGUAGCGACGCGUGAGGGAAUUGGGGAAUUUCACACGCGAGCACAAAGGAGCGCCCGUGCUCUUUGAUUUUCGAAGAAAUAUGAGCCCCCCGGCUUCUAGAUUCCAUUUCCCGCCCGCCCGUCCGUCCAGGCACGUGUUCCACUUCUGAAAAUGAGUGUUGACUCAUGCAUCUCGUGCUUUUCUUUAUUUUCAAGCUUCUCGCGGGUCGGACCGGGUUGAUCAGCCCGGAUUUCAGCUGGAAAACUUAAAAACAUUAUUUUUUUGACGAGAUCGUGCGUACCGAAAAAAACGGAAAAAAAGUCAAAAAACGGUCAAACACAAAAGCGAUCAUAGAGAGAGGGGAUAGAAAAGUCGCGACGCUUUCUUCAUUUCUUCAUCUCUCAUUCAAUUUCCGCCCAUUUUUCGACACGGCUCGCUCGCGUGACCCGUUUCCCUUGUUUCAGCCGUUUUACAUCUGUUUUGGCAGUUCUCGUGUGACCCGUGUCAAAACGCACGCGAUUUUCCACCUGUUAUUUCGCUCCCGAUUCGAAAAACGCUUCAAGUACUGCUAUCGCUCGCUCUCUUUCUCGUUUUUCUCGAUCUCGAUCUCAUCAGAAUCUGAUCCUCUUGACGCGUGUCUUCUCCGUUUUCGUGUCCAUGUCCGCGCUGUCAUUUUGCUCUCGCGCGCGCGAAGAAGUAAUUGGAAAUUGAAGAGGAUCGGGAGCGCGUUUUGAGCAGCGAGCACACAGCCUAGGGUUAAUCGAAAAUUGUGCGGCGCGGAGAAGAAGCGUGGGAAGAGGCGACGCUCCUUCGCUCUUUCCCUUUUCUCUAUCUUUUUUCUUCUGAUUUCCGACGACAAAGCCUCGUCGCUCACUUGUUCGAUGCUAUUCAAUUCAAAAAUGAUGAUGUCAUUCUCAGCAGUGACCUUCAUGAGCCCCCAUGUUUCCUUUCCUCCAUUUCCAAAACAAAAGCUUCCACCCCCAUCCCCGAUAGACUAUUCUCAUAUGUGUAAGAAAAAAACCAUGAAAAAGUGUCCGUCGUGUUGCUUUUCCCAUCCAAUUUCUAGUCUUUUCAAGGUUUCAUCCCCCGUCGCCCCAAUUAUCGCGCCGUGAAUUCCGUUGUUUCAGACAGUCGGCUCCGCUUCCGCCAUGCUGAGAUCGAAGAAAAAGGACAAGGAGAACGGAAAAUCGGAGAAGAAGGAGAAGGAGAAGAAGCCGUCGUCAAAGGACGAAGGGGCGGGCAGCAGCAAGUCAACGCCGCCGGCGAUUCCGAUCAUUCAGACUGAGGACGUAGGAGGUAAGUGCUCUUUUUCUACAGACUUUCUAGACUUGUUUUCGGAACGAAGUUUUCGGCGAAGUAACAUGAAUAAAUGUUAGACGCGUGUGGAAAAGUGUCUAAAAGGGGACUUAUAUCAGGGUUGCGAUAUAUUGCUCUGAACACUUUUAAAAUCUUGCGAAGAAGUUGGAGCCGGGCCGGCCCGGUCCGCUGCAAGUCUGCUUUUUUGCGUUAGAAAUUAGAAAAUACAGUUCUGUCUCUAUUAUGCAACAAAAUUCGACAAGAAGUGGGCGAGUCAGCAAGACACUUUCGCUGGACAGAUAAUAAAAAUAUUUAUCAGUUAGAUGGAGGGCGAGGAGAACGCGGCGCCCUUCCAUCCGACAACAAGAAAUCUGGGGAGCCCCCAAGGCGCAAACACAUUAUUGAUGACCAACUUUUUCGCUCCCCCUCGCUCGUUUCCCUCGUUCUCCGCUCUGUCUCACAAGUCGAAAGGACGGGGCCCUCGUCUUCCCGAUUUCUUUUCUAUCAUCAAUUUACUUUACCCUCUUCUUCUCGGCGCUUUUUUUCAUCCAUGCAUAUAGCUUUGCACGCAAAACGGUACUACGCUGAAACGGAGAAGGACCGGGCUGGAAAGGAUUAGCGAGAUUCGGCCCAAUUAGUCAAAUUGUGUGUUUGUUCGUCGUCACGCUUCUUUUCUUCGUUCUUCGUUUAGAAGGAGCUGAAAGCGAACAAUUUGUUGAGUUUUCUCAGUGAUUCUUUGGGCAACGCGCCGGAAUAAAUACAAUUUGCGCAUGCGCGUCGCCCCUAAAUUUGAAUUACCCGCCGCGGUGGCCGAACAAAUGUGUUGUGCAUUUUCUAGUCCGCUCCCCGUGUACUCCUUCCAGACUCGUACUUUUAUGAAUGUUCUCUCUGCUUCUCUCAAUAUUUUCAGCAGUACUCGUUAGUUUUCAGGCGAUAUGAUUCCCGCCGAUGCACCACCACCAGCUAGUAUUGGCAGAAAUAGCAACUACGGCGGAGGUUUGUCAAAAAACGGCAGGAAACAAUAGAGAGAAACAACAAUGCGCUUACAGGGCCGAUGAUUCCGCGAAGAGAACGCCGUCAGUCGAGCAGCAUGUUCAAUAUCAGUCAAAAUCGAGAAUUGGUAAAGUUGCCAGCGAUAAAAGGUUAGUGAAAAUAAAAUGAAAAGUCUUGAUUUCCACGUAAAUGCUCAAUUUUCAGACGUCGAAAAUAGCGAGAAAGAGACGUUAUUCAUUCAAAAAUUGCGUCAGUGUUGUGUCGUUUUUGAUUUCGCGAACGAUGCGCUCAGCGAUCUCAAAUUCAAAGAGGUGAAACGGGCGGCACUGAACGAGCUGGUCGACUAUGUUUCCGGGCCGGGAAAAGCAACGCUCUCCGACGCCGUCUACCCGGAGGCGAUCAACAUGUUCGCCACGAAUCUGUUCCGUCCGCUGAGCCCGCCGUCCAAUCCGGUCGGAGCCGAGUUUGACCCGGAUGAGGAUGAACCGACCCUCGAAGCCGCCUGGCCACAUCUUCAGGUAUUUAUCAUCCAAGUUCUAAUCAAAAAGUUGUAUUUUCAGCUGGUCUACGAGUUCUUCCUCCGAUUCCUCGAAUGUCAGGAUUUCCAAUCACAAACCGCUAAGCGGUACAUUGAUCAGAACUUCAUUCUGCGUCUUCUGAUGAUCAUGGACAGUGAGGAUCCGCGCGAACGUGACUUCCUCAAGACCACACUGCAUCGCAUCUACGGAAAGUUCCUGGGACACCGUGCGUACAUUCGGAAGCAAAUAAACAACAUUUUCUAUUCGUUCAUUUACGAGACGGAGCGACACAACGGAAUCGCCGAGCUGCUUGAGAUCCUUGGAAGCAUCAUCAACGGAUUCGCACUGCCGCUAAAGGAAGAGCACAAAACUUUUUUGCUCCGAGUGCUCCUUCCCUUGCACAAAGUGAAAUCUCUGUCCGUCUACCAUCCGCAGCUCGCCUACUGUGUCGUGCAGUUCAUCGAAAAAGACUCGUCGCUGACCGAGCCGGUCAUCUCCGGAAUGCUCCGAUUCUGGCCGCGGCAGCAUAGUCCGAAGGAGGUUAUGUUCCUGAAUGAGCUGGAAGAAGUGCUCGAUGUGAUCGAGCCGAACGAGUUCCAGAAAAUCAUGACUCCGUUGUUCACACAAAUCUCGCGUUGUGUCAGCAGUCCGCACUUCCAAGUCGCCGAACGCGCGCUCUACUACUGGAACAACGAGUACGUCAUGUCGCUGGUGGCCGACAACGCGCGGGUCAUCGUGCCGAUAAUGUUCCCGGUGCUGUUCAAAAACAGCAAAUCGCACUGGAACAAAACGAUUCACGGACUAAUUUACAACGCGCUCAAAAUGUUCAUGGAGAUGAAUCAGAAGCUGUUCGACGAAUGUUCACAAGCGUACAACAAAGAGCGAACGCAAGAGAAGACGGCGAACGAGGAGAAGGAACGGAUAUGGAGCAACAUUGAGCGGAGAGCGAUGGGCAAUCCGCAGUACAACGAGGUCAAGGCGAUGUUCGCGCGCUUCAAUCCUGACGAGAUUAUCAGUACGAGACGGCUGCCGAACGGAAGCGACGAGGCGGCGAAGGCCGCGUCGCUGGUCAGCAAGGACGAGAUUCUGAAGAAUGCCGUCGGAAUGGUAAGCGUUGAACAUGAAAUAGAAGAGAAGUUUUGAACACUUUUUAUUGCAGGACGCCUUAAAAGAGGACCGCGAUUUCGUGCCGAACCAGAAGCAAUCGGAUUUCCCUCCCGACGAACAGACGACACGGGCUCUCGGCGAGUACAAGCGACACGACGCGUUCCUCCAAAAAGUGACGAGCUCGGACGAGCAGUGA